AUAACAAGAACCAAGUGAAAACCGGUGAAGCAAGCCUGCCGCGAAGUGAGUAAAAAUGGCCAUCAUACUGAGACCCUGGUUGAUCCUCGUAGCCCUCCUCGUGUGCGUGCUGGUUAGUCUGGGCACCUUCGCAGAUGCCUACCCGCCCAAGCCUGUGAGCCCCGACAACAACGCGCCUCCGGAGGAAUGGGCCAGAUACAACACGGCGCUGCGACACUACAUAAACCUCAUCACUAGACAGAGGUAUGGGAAGAGGUCUUCCCCUGAGUCAGCUAUGGCGUGGUUGCUGUUUGGAGACGAGUCAGAAGGCGACCUAACACCACGUUCGGAAGGCAGUGAUCUAUGGUAAAUCUCGUACCUCUGGUGUACUGCUCUGCUGUUCCACUUAAAUGGCGGGCCUAAAAACAACUCAAACAGGCUGCUCAACUGGAAGCCUUCACUGGACUGUGCGGCCCACUACUUCUGUCCGACACGCAUGCAUCUCUCUCUCUCUCUCUCUCUCUCUCUCUCUCUCUCUCAUUGCUCAUCCUGUAAAUAAUGUGUUAUUAAAUAAUG